CACAUCUGACGUCAGGGUCUUGCUCCAAAGAUAAAGCUUCAUAUGAAGUACAAUGUUCGAUCGAGACGAGCGGCGGACCUGGAGCGGCCCGGCGGCGCUGAGCACCUGAGGACGCACCUGAUCCUCCUCCGUCUCCCGCCCCCAAUCUGGAGCAGCCGGCGGAGCGCAGAGGGAACCAUGAGCGCAGCGUGCCUCUGAACACGGAGUUUCUCUCGGAGAGAUAGAGGGGAAAAUGGGAAUGGCGAGUGAGGAUCUUCUCGUGACUCUGCAGAUACUACCUGGUUUCUUUUCGAACUGUCUCUUCCUCGUCCUGUACGACUCCGUGGUGCUGGUGAAGCGCGUCGUGGCGCUGCUCAGCAGCUCCAGGUCCGGCGGCUCCGGAGAGUGGCGCCGCAUGCUGACCUCCGCGGGACUCCGCUCCAUCUGGAACAGUUUCCUCCUGGACGCAUACAAGCAGGUGAAACUUGGCUGCGAGGCACCCAACUCCAAGGUGGUGAAGGUGCCAGAUGGCCCUCGGUGUAGCAUUAGUAAUGUGACCAAUGUGCCAACUGGUGCCAGGAUGCGAAAUGGGGACGAGUUUCGCCUUCUGGAUUUUGGCUCAUCAGAUCGCCCUCUGGUGGUCAACUUUGGCUCAGCCACCUGACCCCCCUUCAUCAGUCACCUCCCAGCUUUUCGACAGUUGGUGGAGGACUUUAGUGAUGUGGCUGACUUCCUGUUGGUGUACAUUGACGAAGCUCACCCAUCUGAUGGCUGGGUGGCCCCUCCUAUGGGCUCCUCCUCUUUCAAUGUACGGAAGCACCAGAACUUGGAGGAGAGACUUGGAGCAGCGCGCAAUCUCACUGAGCACUUCUCACUGCCACCACAGUGUCACCUGGUGGCAGACUGCAUGGACAAUAAUGCUAAUGAGGCUUACGGUGUGUCCAAUGAACGAGUGUGCAUAGUGCAACAGAGAAAGAUUGCCUACUUGGGUGGUAAGGGGCCUUUUUUUUACAAUCUGAAGGAUGUGCGGCAAUGGCUGGAACAGAGCUAUGGUAAACGGAAAACUCUUUUCCAGCCCAGGAAGUUUUCCUGUCUGGUCCAGCAAAGACGUGGUAGGAAGGACUGACACCAGUCAACUGGGUCUCAUUCUGCGUGUGGUUAGGUGUAGGUUGCGAAAUGCUUUGAUUAAGGUGAGGGAAAGAUGAAUAUUGAGAAAACAAUAUCCCAACCAGAAAUUUCCCCCAAAAAAGCCUCAUUCACAAUAAUGAAUCAGCACUGUCAGCUGCUUGUCGACCCACCACAGACACAUGUCCAAACUCUACUUGAACCGACCCGGCACACAUAUAUUUUCCAAGCUUCACCCAAGCCAAAAUUUGGUUGUGAAACUGGUUAUCAACCGAAAGUGAUAUUCAAACAGGUGAAAUGACUAGAAUAACAUUAGCAUUGGAAAACCUUUUAUUAAUUAGCAUAUAGGUUAAACUAUAAAUGGAAAAAUUUAUGGUUGCAUGCCUGUAACAUAAUGUGAGUCGAAUGAUGGAAGAAAUUUAUCUUGAUAUGUGAUGCAACAGGCUUGACCUUUAUUCACUGGAAAAAUACAGUGUGCAUAUUAUUUUCCUCACAAAAGACAACAGGUGGUUUGGUUUCCAUUUCUCAUCUGUCUCCUUGCCUUGGUCUGCGCUGCAGUGAUAGAAUAAGAAAGUAAAGGCAUCAACACUGUCAGGCAAUCUGUGAGGUGUGAAAGAAUCUUUGCACAAUUAAAAUGAAGCUAUAAUCAGUAUUUAAUAGUUAUUCAAUUGGGUAAAUUGUCCUUCCAUUUGUUACAAGCUCAAUUUUAAAACCACAGCCGACUCAGAAAGCCUAGAACAGCAAAACAAUUACACUGCUCUAUGAACACGUCUAAUGCUCUUUCUCACUGUCACUUUACUGGUCAAUCUGUUGUCCCUGUCAGGACAUUGUUGUAAAGGUGAUUGGUUUUUUUUCUGGUUUGGAUCUGACAUGACCAUAGUUGGGAUGUGAACAGGUUUUGAUCUGAGCCUCUGAAGUUGCUGCUCCACAGCAGAUUAGCAGUGCAGCACAGGUUACCAUGGUGAUUCACAGUCAAAAGCAGCUUCGUGAUACUGGAAAAAUCCAGAGAUUAGAAGAGUAGCCCAGAGAGGGAUAACCUUAAUCCCGCUUUGUGAUGCAGGCCCCUAGUCCAAAAAUGACUUAAGGACAAAUAUAGACAGAAGGCAAAUUCUGGUGGUAGCAUGAUGGUUCAGCAAUUGAGAGUUGAAAUGUAAAAUGAUGUUAAAGAAACUCAUCUUUAAAUUAAUUAAAUAGAAUUCCAUCACAUGGGCAAAGAUCACCUCAAUUUUGUAUUCACUUCACUGUCUGAACUUGCCUUAGAGACACACACAGAUCAAGACCCAGAGCUGGUUACUCUGUUGUUAGAAACUGAGUGGACCUGUCAACACCUGUAUGAUACACUUUCAAAUGUCUUUUAUGUCUUAAAACUGAACAAACAUGUUUUGUGUUCUUCUGCACAGAUUUUAAUUAUGUGGAUUUUGAUAACAUGAAAGUGCUUAAUGUUCUUAAAUAUUGAAAUAUUCUCAACAUGUUAAGAUUGACAGUUGGAGGUCUGUUAAGUGUGCGUGGUUAUGUAUGGUUGAGAUGGGUACAGAAUGUGUGAAGCUCUGUCAGUCAGUGUGUAGCAUUGAAGCUCCAUUGGAAACACGGAUGCUUUGUUCUGGUCUCCGAGACAAAGGUGUGCAAAUGAAAACCUUUGGCAAAAGAGUCGACGACUCAGCCUCUGGUUGGAUGUGAACUGCACCUGGUCAAUGAGACACAGAACUGUUACAUCUGCUUUCACUGUCAAUGUGCUACAGUAUAGACCUACAUCUCUGUGAUACACACAGAACUGAAAACUUCUGUUCUUUUGGGCUUUUUUCAUUCUUGCUUAGUGCAAUGUUUUGUUUUUCUAGAAUGUCAAAGGAGAGAAAUAAAAGGAGAGUGUUUGCUGCCAAAA